AUGGAAACCCUGGCCUCCGUUUGGGUCCAUGACCCCUGUGACCUCAGCGACCUCGGAGAGAAGUCAUCCGUUUGGGAGUCUCAGUGUGUUUACAACAGCUCGCCCCCUGCUGGUCUGAUGUGGUCUGAGCAGCUCUCCCCUCACCUCCAGAGAAACAAACAGCUUCAGGACACUCUGCUGCAGAGAGAGGAGGAACUGGCCAGACUGCAGGACGAGAACAACAAACUCAGAGAGUUCCUCAACUCUUCGUUUGUGAGGAACCUGGAGCAAAAGGCAAAGAAACUGACCUGUGACGGGAGGAGGAAGCUGAAAAGAAACCUGAAGCACACUGAUGACGGAUCGUUCCAGUCCGGCAGUCAUCAGCUCCGAACCUCCCAGCAGGUCAGCAAGAGAGUCUGCAGGAACCUCACUGCCGAGUUCAGCUGCGAGUCCUCCGAGACAUCCUCCUCCUCAGAACCAAACCUGGACCUCUGGGUUCUACGAACGUUGGGACUGAAGGACAGAGACACCAUCGAUACAUCCAACGACUCCUCCUCCUCGUCUGGAUACAGCUUCAGCAGUUUAGUGUAUGAUGAAGCAAUCACGUCUUCCUCAUCCUCUGAAUACACCCUCAACUCCUCUUUCAGCCCUUCAGUCGCCACUUCUACGCCUUCUUCUGUCCACAGCUACUGCCAAAGACCCACACAGCGAGCUGAUUAUAGCUACAGUGCUGCCGAAUGCCAAGAAGUAAACUGUGGUAAUGCUGCCAACUCACCUCAGAACUGCACAACAUCUCAGAGUCAACGCUCUGACUUCACUGCCACCGGACUGACCGGACUGUACGAAGCUCCUGAAGCAGUGAUCAGGAGCUACGACACAGUAACUGCCUUCCAAUCUCCAGCACCUACAGAGGAACUACCUUUAACCCAGUCACCAGUCAGAGCAGAGAUCUGCUCCAUCACUGCCUCAAGUCGAGUCCAAACUCUGGAGGGAAACCCAGCGAAACAUCCGGCUUACUGGUCUCCACUGAGAAGCAGCCGGACACCAUCACAGGACACGAUCCAGUUCAGUCCACCAGGGGGAAGACUCCAUUUCUCUCCCAUUUCGUCUUCAAGUCCUGCCAUGACCCAGGUGCGGACACCUGUCUGCGGCAGCAGCCCAACGAGUCCGUCAGUGGGAUCUCAGCCUCCUGCCACGCCUGAGACACCUCACAGCCGGACGGAUUUGGCGUUCAGUAUGUCCCUCAGCCCGUCCAACAGUGUCAAGACCCACAGCUUCCCUCAUGGACAAGCCUUUGUCAGAAAGGACACUGAAGGAAGGUGGAAGUUCACCUGGGUGCCCAAACAAGGACCAUAG